AUGGCUGAAAAAUGUUCAAUUGCAACAUGUGCACGUGCAUCAUAUGCAUUAUGUCAUGGUUGUCAAUUAAAUUUUUGUCGAGAACAUAUGAUUGAACAUACUACACUAACUCAAUUACAAAUAAAUCCAUUAAUAGUUGAAGUUAAUAAAAUGAAUGAUGAAAUACAUGAAUUAAAUCCUAAGAAUUUAUAUGAUGUUUUCUAUCAAAAGCUUGACAAAUGGCGUAUAAAAUCUCAUCAAAUGAUUGAUAUGUAUUUUGAAAAAAAGAUAAAAGAAUUAGAUUUAUAUUUAAAUGAACAAGUCAAAAAGUUAAAAAAUACAUUCAAUGAAACUUAUGCAAAAAUAGAAUCAUUUAUACAAGAAAAAGAAAUAACACAUGAACAAAUUAAUUUAUUAACAUUUGAAAUUCAAGGUUUACGCAAAGAUAUAAAUAAAAUAAAUAAUGAUUUUCAAAUUCAAACAAAGCCUUUAACAUUAGAAAAAAAUUUAAUUAAUUUUGAUCAAACAUUUCAUGUAUCAAAUCUGCCACCUAUAUAUAGAAUAAUUGAUCGUAAUGAUCGAAGUUUUACACCAUUAGCUACUGAUAAUAAAUUUUUAUUAUUACAUCAUGAAGGUAAUUUACUUUUAGUUGAUGAAGAAUUAACAACACCUAAGCAAGUUCCAUGGAAACAUGGACCAAUUUAUGAUAUGUGCUAUUCAUUGGCAUUAAAACGAUUUAUAAUCAUAAAUGAAAAUGAAGUAUUUCUUCUAAAUCAAGGAAAUAUGACAAUCGAUAAAGUUCGUUCAAUUCAAUGGCAACAAUGGUUUUCUUGUACAUGUUCUGAUACUUCUCUAUAUUUAUCAACAAAAGUUUAUCAUUCAUCACUUUUACAAUUUAAUUUAUUACCUUCAAUAGUAUUUUUUAAAAGAUGGUCAUCUCCUGAUUUAUGUACGAAUGAUGAGGCAAUUGAUGGUAUUAUUUAUAAGGAUAAUAAACUUGCUCUAAUGAUUAGUAAUGAUGCAAAAAGAGUUUUACGUAUUGAAUUAAGAUCUUCGACAACAUUUGAUCGUAUUUGGUCACUUCCACUUGAUAUUAUUUAUAAUGAGAAACAAGCAUAUCGAUUUUGUUCAAUUAAUCAUAAUGAAUGGCUUGUAGCUGAUCAUAGUGAUUCACGUCUUUUACAUAUAACAAAAGAUGGAGUAAUGAAAUCAGAAGUUUCAUAUACACCAGCUCCAUGUUGUUUGAUUGAAUUCGGACAUAAUAUGUUAGCUAUAUCAACAAAAACAGUUGUUCAUUUGCACAAGUUAUAA